ACUUUCUUUCUUUUGGAGGGAGACACUCUCUGAUAGAGAAUAAAACCCAAAUCAAAGGAGGCAAGGAUUUUGCAAUAAAAACAGAGAGAGAGAGAGAGAAACAAAAUAGACUGAAAUAGAAAUUGAAAGAAAAGACUUUUCCCCAAUUUGGGAAUGAUUUUAGGGUUUUUGGAAAUUGUACUAAUCCUUACAUUUCAUUCCAAUUCUCAUCUCAAAAUCCUAUCUUUAAUUAAUGACUACGCCAUUUUCGAGCAGUGAUGGUGGUGGUGUGGCUGUAAUGGCUGGUCCAGUUAAUCCUCUCGAUCCAUCUUCAUCGAAGACUUGUUUCAAUGACUCUGCUAUCGAAUCCCCUGUGUUAAUCUUCUUACUUUUUCAUAAAGCUAUACGCUCUGAGCUUGAUGUUCUUCAUCGUACUGCUGUGGGUCUCGCUACCAACCAUGGAAAUGGUGCCGAUGUUAAGCCUUUGUUGGAGAGAUACCACUUUCUUCGCUCAAUUUAUAAGCAUCACUGUAAUGCUGAGGAUGAGGUCAUCUUUCCAGCUCUGGAUAUACGUGUAAAGAAUGUUGCUCGAACUUACUCUCUUGAACACAAGGGAGAAAGUUUUAUUUUUGAUCAGUUAUUCAAGCUUUUAAAUUCUGAUGUGGAAAAGGAAGAAAGCUAUUGGAGAGAAUUAGCCUCUUGUACUGGAGCCCUUCAUACAUCAAUUAGCAAGCACUUGUUUAAGGAGGAGGAACAGGUCCUCCGACUGCUUAUGGAGAAGUUUUCACAUGAAGAGCUGGCUUCUCUGGUCUGGCAGUUUUUGUGCAGUAUUCCAGUUAAUAUGAUAGCAAAAUUUCUUCCAUGGCUUUCUUCUUCUAUAUCAUCUGAUGAGCAUCAGAGCAUGUGCAAGUUGUUGGGCAAGGUCAUACCAGAAGAGAAGCUUCUGCAGCAGGUUGUAUUUUCCUGGAUGGAAGGGGUAAAAACAUCCGAUACUCAUAAACCUAGCAAAGAUAAUUCCACAGGUCAAUGCCAUGCUGUUGGGCCUAAUGCUGUGGUCCGUCAGACAGAGAUGGGACACAAUGCAUGUCAAUCCUCCAAGAUUGGUAAAAGAAAGCAUAUUGAGAUGAAUUGUGAUCCAAUGACUUCCUCCGUUUUAAGUCCUAUUGAUGAAAUAAUGCUUUGGCAUAAUGCUAUAAAAAGAGAGUUGAAUGAUAUAGCUGAUGCUGCUAGGAAGAUCAAACUCUGUGGACAUUCUGAUUUGGCAGAAUUUAAUAAGAGGCUACAAUUCAUUGCAGAUGUCUGCAUUUUUCACAGCCUUGCUGAGGACGAAGUUAUAUUUCCUGCUGUAGAUGCUGAAAUUUCUUUUGCCCACGAGCAUGCAGAAGAAGAGAUUCAAUUUGAUAAGCUUAGGUGCCUUAUAGAAAGCAUCCAAAGCGGUGAGGCUAACUCUUCUUCAGAGUUUUGCUCAAAAUUGUGCUCUCGAGCUGAUCAGAUAAUGGCCAACAUACUGAGGCACUUCCAAAACGAGGAAGCUCAGGUUCUUCCACUUGCUAGAGAGCAUUUUAGUCCUGAAAGACAGCGGGAGCUUCUCUACCAAAGUUUACGUUUGAUGCCCUUGAAGUUGAUUGAGUGUGUGUUGCCGUGGUUCACAGGAUUACUAAGUGAAGAAGAAGCAAGUUCUUUCCUUCAAAAUAUGCAGAUGGCAGCUCCUGCAUCAGAUUUGGCGUUGGUUACUCUUUUCUCUGGUUGGGCAUGCAAAGGUCAUCCUACAAAUGUUUGUAUAUCUUCAAGUAUAAUUGGUUUUCGCUCUACAAAUAAGCUGAAGGGAACUGAUGGAGGUCUUGGCGAAGCAGUUUCUAUGUGCAACCCUGUUUGUUUCACCAAGGAGGAAUCGUUAAAUAAUCAAGCAGAUAGGGGAUAUGACAGUGUAAGGCCUGCCAAGUGUCAACACUUGACAUCCUUAGAAGAUACUGUUUCUUGUUUGCCAGGAGAAACGGCAAAGCUGCCUGAAUUAUCUUGCAGUAACCAGUCAUGCCAUGUACCUACGCUAGGUGUAAAUGGGAGUGAUCUAGGAGUGAGUUCUCUGGCUUCAGGAAAAUCUAUGCGUUCAUUGGCUUUUGGACCAUCUGCCCCAUCCCUAAACUCGAGUCUGUUUAGCUGGGGAACAGAUAUAAGCUCUAGUGAGGAUGGGUGUGCCAAACGACCAAUUGAUAACAUAUUUAAAUUUCAUAAAGCCAUCUGCAAGGACUUGGAGUAUUUGGAUGUUGAAUCCGGAAAACUUGCUGAUUGUGAUGAGUCUUUUCUUCGGCAGUUUACUGGAAGGUUCCAAUUGUUAUGGGGUCUAUACAAGGCUCAUAGCAAUGCAGAGGAUGACAUAGUUUUUCCAGCAUUAGAGUCUAGAGAGGCACUUCACAAUGUUAGCCACUCAUACACUCUGGACCACAAGCAAGAAGAAAAGCUAUUUGAGGAUAUUUCUUCUGUACUUAAUAAGCUUACACAACUAAAUGAAUGUUUGAAUGGGGAAUUUGCAUCUGUCGAUCGUAGUGAUACUCGAAGAGAAUAUAAUGAGCUAGCGACGAAGCUUCAGGCUAUGUGCAAAUCUAUAAGAGUAACACUAGAUCAGCAUGUUUUCAGGGAAGAGCUUGAAUUGUGGCCAUUAUUUGAUAAACAUUUUUCAGUGGAAGAACAAGAUAAAAUUGUUGGUCAAAUCAUCGGUACAACUGGGGCUGAAGUUCUCCAAUCAAUGUUGCCAUGGGUAACUUCUGCUCUUACUCAGGAGGAGCAAAAUAAAAUGAUGGACACAUGGAAGCAGGCUACCAAAAACACGAUGUUCAAUGAGUGGCUUAAUGAAUGGUGGAAUACAACUCCUGCUUCUUCACAUACCGCAGUGUCAGAUAAUUGUUUAUCAGGGUCCAGUGUCAGUGAAAGCUUGGAGCGCAGUGACAUCACUUUCAAGCCUGGAUGGAAAGAUAUUUUUAGGAUGAAUGAAAAUGAGAUUCGAUCAGAAAUUAGAAAAGUCUCUCAUGUUUCAACUCUUGAUCCGAGAAGAAAAACCUAUCUAACUCAAAAUCUGAUGACCAGUGGAUACAUAGCCUCUCAGCAGAAAUCAACUCUAGCAGCUGAUUGUUUGAACGGUGAAGACUUACUUGGAUGCUCUCCUUCGUUUCGUGAUUUAGAGAAACAAGUUUUUGGGUGUGAGCAUUACAAGAGAAAUUGCAAACUCCGGGCUGCUUGUUGUGGCCAGUUAUUUACAUGCAGGUUUUGCCAUGACAAAGUCAGCGACCAUUCGAUGGAUCGGAAGGCCACAACCGAAAUGAUGUGUAUGCAGUGCUUGCAAAUACAGCCUGUUGGACCAUUCUGCAAAACACCUUCCUGCAACGAAUUCUCAAUGGCAACGUACUAUUGUAGUAUUUGCAAAUUUUUCGAUGAUGAAAGGGAAGUUUAUCAUUGUCCUUUCUGCAACUUAUGUCGAGUCGGAAAGGGACUUGGUACUGACCAGUUUCAUUGCAUGAACUGCAAUUGUUGCCUGGGGAUGAAAGUCCCCGAACACAAAUGUUGGGAGAAAAGUCUGGAAAUAAACUGUCCCAUUUGUUGUGACUUUUUGUUCACGUCAAGCGCAACUGUGAGAGCUCUUCCUUGUGGCCACUACAUGCAUUCAGAUUGCUUUCGGGCAUAUACUUGCAGUCACUACAUUUGUCCAAUCUGUAGCAAAUCUAUGGGAGAUAUGUCGGUUUACUUUGGCAUGCUCGAUGCGCUAAUGGCUUCCGAGGAACUUCCAGACGAAUACAAGGAUCUCUGUCAGGAAAUACUCUGCAAUGAUUGUGAUAAGAAGGGGAAUGCUCCCUUUCACUGGCUCUACCAUAAGUGUAAGUUUUGUGGUUCAUAUAACACCAAGGUAAUUAAGGCCGAACCCGAUUCCCUCUGCUCGUUGCCAAACCAGUGAAACCGGGUUUUGUCGAGGCUUUUAUCUGUUCUGUUCAUCAUCCCACAAUAAGGGCUGGUGAAACCUUGGCCCCUUUGUAUGAUCUUUAGAUGUACCCCCAACAUCUAUAUAGAAAAUGGAAGAGUUCUUGCAUAAUUACGAAAAUCUUUUUCGUAUACGAAAUUAUCAAUCUAAGCUUUUGAGCUGAGAGACUUGAACUUACAAAAAUGGUGGAAUCCCAUGGAUUUAGUUUUUGUUAUAUAGGCUAACUAUGAGGAAAAAGGUUAAGUUGAACUUCACCUAUAGAAAUUUUCAUACAUCUAAUCUAAGUAGUUGAGUUUCUAAUGUAAACUUUAAAAAAGGAAAAUGAUUUUAUGGAGUAUGGACCAUCAUUGAUACUUAUAAGAUUGGAUUGGUACAUACUCACAAGAUUUUAUAAGGUGAUAAAUAAAUCACUAUAGUAUCUCUUCUCCUAUCAUACUCAAUAAUAGUUGUAAAAUAUUCCUCAAAAGGACAGCUUAUCAAAUAUUCCUCCUCACAAAAAUGUAAAAUCGUACAUGUAUUAAUUUAAUUCAAUUUCUUCCACA